UAACUCCUAAACCGCAUUUAAGAACAACACGGGAGUUUUUAUUUAGAGGAGAAAAAAACCCUAGGAACAAUAGGACUAAUACUUAUUUGCCUAUAUUGUUGAGUUACACUCGUGAUUUAAUUUAUUUAUUUUUCAAGAAAAAGGAGAGUUAGAAAUUGAAGUCAUUCGUUAAACCAUAAAGUAUUGAACAAGUCCCUGUCGUAACUGCACGCUGUGUUUAGGGUUUUAAAAAGAGAUCCAAAUUGGUGAGAUUUCCACCAUGUCAUUUGAUUUUGGGCAAUAUUGAAAGAAAGAAAGAAACAAACACACCAUUCUUGUGUUUACAGGAUGAAAGUAGGAUCUGGCAAAGGGAGAAAAGUAUGUCUCGCGGUGACUAUUGUUUUCAUUGCAAUUGUAUUGCUAAUUCUCAUUCUCGCUUUCACUGUAUUCAAAGCCAAGCAUCCUGUCAACACCGUUGACUCCGUCAAGCUACAAAACUUCGACGUCCACUUGGAUAUAGCAAAACUCAAGGUUGAUUUGAAUGUAACCCUCGAUGUCAAUGUAUCGGUCAAGAACCCUAAUAAGGUUGCUUUCAAAUACUCAAACACCACUGCGCUACUCAAUUACAGAGGGCACCUUAUAGGUGAAGUCCCUAUCCCUGCUGGACACAUAUCUUCCGGUGGGACCAACGGAUUCAACCUCACCCUCACCGUUAUGGCUGACCGUUUGCUCUCCAAUUCCCAGCUUUACUCGGAUAUCAUCUCGGGUACAUUGCCCCUAAACACUUUCGUCACUAUUCAAGGAAAAGUCAGUAUCUUAGGCUUUAUCAAAGUGCAUGUGGUUUCCUCCGCAUCCUGUGAUCUUGCACUUAAUACUUCUAAUAGAACAGUUGGCAACCAACACUGCCAAUACAAAACUAAACUUUAAUUAUUCAUUUCUAUUUUUUUUUUAUGUAAUAUGUUCCUAUUUUACCUUCUUCCAUGGGUAAUCCUCAUUACUAUUCAACUAUCUCUUCUCCUCUGUAAGCAAGCUGCUUCUGCAAAUUUAUUUGUUAUUAUCUUUCUGUUUAUCAAAUUACAUGAUUUAUUCCAUUCCA